AGAAGGCAGUGGAAAACGAAGGCAGUAUUCGAAUGUGCGUCGUACUCUGGUAGUUGGGAAAUAGUCGCUUUGCCAAAGAAUUGCAUCGAUGGAUGUUCUGCUGAACAACCUCACCGAUGUCAUCGUCACCACUUCCUCCAUCGCCGAACCUGCACCGGGACCGGAAGCCGAGCCCGGACCCGACUUCCUCCCGACGCAGCUGCUGGUCGUCGUGGUGAUGUUGUCGGUGUUCAGCGUGGUCGGCAUCAUCGGCAACGCCAUCGCCAUCUACAUCUUCGCCCGCCGCCGCGACAAGAACACGUCCGUUAUCUUCAUCCUGGCUCUCGCGGGCACUGACUUCUUCACCUGUCUCGUCAUCAUCCCGUUCACCAUCACCUUCGAGAUGGUGCAGUACAGGGUCGUGUACGACGUCGCGUGCAAGCUGUUCCUGUUCCUGCAGACGUCCAACAUCCCCUUCUCUGCGUUCAUAAUGGUGGCCAUCGCCUUUGACAGAUACUUCUGCAUCUGCCACCCUUUCCUCCACGCGUUCACCGUGCCCCGUGCCAAGCUCAUCGUGUUUCUUCUCGCUCUCCUCGCCCUGGCCUUCGGGGUCCUAACAUCCCUGUCGUUUGGUAUGUAUGUGUGGUAUAGUGCCAAUGUGACGGAAGUGACGUCAAACAACGUCAGCGGAGGACCGGAUAUAGUUUCCUUUCACACGGAAUCGCAGACGGAGUAUAAGUACCGUUUCGCCGAUGCGACGGUUACGCCUCUAGGUAGUAAUACUAAUAACAACAGCGCAGUGGUAACGCAUAGAAUCGAAGGAGUCCGCUAUUACGGACAAUGCACCAAUAACGAAUUCAUCGUCAGCAAGAGGUUUCUGCACGUUCACCAAAAGGUCUACACAGCAUUCUUUCUGGUAUCUUUUAUAUCCGUUGUGGUCCUCUACACCCUCAUCUACAGAUCCAUUCUUGUCCGGCGAGCCAAGAAAGCCAAACGAAAGAAGAUGAACUACUACCAGAGCGUUGCAGGGGCGGAACCGCAGACUACAGCGGCGGAUCUACAAACGACGGGCAACCAGACCCAGAUGACGGUGUUGAACGGAAACACGACUCACUCGGAACUGAAACCGGACGAAACGACAAUGGCGAAUACGAAUGCGAAUGCUACAAAGGGAGAUAACCACAAUAAGGCGUCGACUCGCCGCGUGGGGGCGGGGCGGGAGACGAACCUGUACGCCAAUAUUAAGACUGCCAUGAUGCUGUUUGUCGUGACUCUGGUGUUCAUAGUGUCGUUCCUGCCGUCGUGGCUGACGGCGCACGAGAUACUGCCGUUCAACUACAUCGUGUUCUAUAUGUACUUCGUCUACAACGUGGCCAACCCCGUUAUUUAUGCAUUCAUGAACCAGACGUUUAGGGAAGACCUAAAAAAAUUGGUCAAAGUGUGCAAAUAGCAUCGAAUAUAAAAUGCUAAUCUAGGAUGUUAAAAUCUGGGAUUU